AUGGACCAACCUGUGUGGUUGAAGACCAUAUUUGAGUACAUCUGUGUGGUGGUGGAGGAAAGUGCCAUCAAGUUGCGACCGGUUUAUAGCAAGAGUUUCCAAGGUAUUUCUGUAACGAAGAAGACGCACACCUCUCAAAUUGAAAUUAUUCCAUGCAAGAUCUGUGGAGACAAAUCAUCAGGAAUCCAUUAUGGUGUCAUUACCUGUGAGGGCUGCAAGGGUUUUUUCAGGAGGAGUCAGCAGAGUAAUGCCACGUACUCCUGUCCGCGUCAGAAGAAUUGUUUAAUUGAUCGAACUAGUAGAAAUCGCUGCCAACACUGUCGAUUACAGAAAUGCCUUGCAGUGGGGAUGUCUCGAGAUGCUGUAAAGUUUGGCCGAAUGUCAAAAAAGCAGAGGGACAGCUUAUACGCGGAAGUGCAGAAACACCGGAUGCAGCAGCAGCAACGAGAUCACCAACAGCAACCCGGAGAGGCAGAACCCUUGACACCAACGUACAACAUCACUACCAACGGGCUCACAGAACUGCACGAGGACCUCAGUAAUUACAUUGACGGGCAUACCCCUGAAGGUAGCAAAGCAGACUCUGCAGUUAGCAGCUUCUACUUAGACAUACAGCCUUCUCCAGACCAGUCGGGGCUUGAUAUUAACGGAAUCAAACCAGAACCGAUAUGUGACUACACACCAGCGUCGGGCUUCUUUCCUUAUUGCUCUUUUACAAAUGGAGAGACUUCUCCUACUGUGUCCAUGGCAGAAUUAGAACAUCUUGCACAGAACAUUUCUAAAUCACACAUGGAAACCUGCCAGUACUUAAGGGAGGAGCUACAGCAAAUAACAUGGCAAACCUUUCUGCAAGAAGAAAUUGAGAACUACCAGAGCAAGCAGAGGGAGGUAAUGUGGCAAUUAUGUGCGGUGAAAAUAACAGAAGCAAUACAGUAUGUGGUGGAGUUUGCCAAACGAAUUGAUGGCUUUAUGGAAUUGUGUCAAAAUGAUCAAAUUGUGCUUUUAAAAGCAGGGUCUUUAGAAGUUGUAUUUAUCAGAAUGUGCCGUGCCUUUGACUCCCAGAAUAACACGGUCUACUUUGAUGGCAAAUAUGCUGGCCCCGAUGUCUUCAAGUCAUUAGGUUGUGAAGAUUUCAUUAGUUUUGUUUUUGAAUUUGGAAAAAGUUUAUGUUCUAUGCACCUUACUGAAGAUGAGAUUGCGUUAUUUUCUGCAUUUGUUUUACUGUCUGCAGACCGUUCAUGGCUUCAGGAGAAAGUAAAAAUAGAAAAGCUACAGCAGAAGAUUCAGUUAGCACUUCAGCAUGUAUUGCAGAAGAACCACCGAGAAGAUGGAAUCUUAACAAAGCUAAUAUGCAAAGUGUCUACUUUACGAGCACUGUGCGGGCGACAUACAGAAAAGCUUAUGGCAUUUAGAGCAAUAUAUCCAGACAUUGUGCGACUUCAUUUUCCUCCCUUGUACAAGGAGUUGUUCACUUCAGAAUUUGAGCCAGCGAUGCAAAUUGAUGGGUAAACAUAUCACCUAAGCACUUCGAGAAUGUCUGAAGUACAAACAUUAACAAGGAAGGAGAGAAAA